AUGGCUGCCGUUGCAAACCUCACAUCAAGUGGAACCGCCCACACUGACGGGGACCACGAUGAGACUUUCUUUGCCCGUGUGGCAACUUCCCCUAGCAUGCCCGAGCUGGUUCCUAAUCUGGUCAAUCAAAUUUCUUCCCUUGGCAAAUCUGUUAGCCUACAUGACUACACCGAUCGAAUCGCGCUUGUGGAAGCUGCUCAAUCCCUUGUGUAUGCCCUUCAAACCCCGCGUGAGGCUAUGAAUAGACACUGUUGGGCCCAGACUGCCACGUAUUCCUCUGUGCAGAUAGGGAUUGAUCUAGGGCUUUUUGCUAUUUUGUCUAAGGAUGACAAGCCCAAAUCUGCUGCCGAGCUAGCUAAGGCGACAGGUGCUGACCCAGCCCUUCUCGCUCGCAUCCUAAAGCACUUGAGCGCAACAGGAGUCAUCCUCCAGACCGGUGCUAAUGAAUACCGUCGCACCGGAACUUCUAUUACAUUAACCUGGCAACUAUGCACAGAUUCAUACGCUUUCGCGACUGACUGCCUUAAGCUUAGCGUGGCUGCUCUACCUGCCUAUCUCAAGAAGGAUGGAUAUAUUAACCCAUCUAAUGGCAAGGAUUGUCCCUUCCAGCUCGGACGCCAGACUAAUCUUCACUUCUUCGAGUAUGCAAAGGAGAACCCAGUGUUUGCUAGGCAUUUUAACAACCAUAUGGCAUUUUACCGACAAGGACGCCCUAGUUGGAUGGACAUUGGUUUCUAUGACGUCCCUACCCUAAUCGCUAAUGUUGGACAAGAUGAUGUUCUCCUUAUCGAUCUCGGUGGCGGCCUAGGCCACGAUAUCUCAGAGUUUAGACGCAAGUGGCCUGAUGCUCCUGGACGUCUAGUGCUACAGGACACUCCCGAGCUUACGGCUCAAUCUAAGAAAGAGCAACUCCACCCCUCUAUUGAGCCGAUGGCGCAUGACUUCUUCACUAAGCAGCCUAUUAAGGGUGCUCGUGCUUACUAUUUCCACACUGUUAUCCACGACUGGUCAGAUGAUAGUGCCCGCAAGAUGCUAAAGGCUGUAGCGGAUGCUAUGAAGCCCGGAUUCAGCAAGGUGCUGAUUAAUGACCUAAUAGUCAAUGAUACCGACGCAUACUGGGAGUCGACUAGCAUGGAUAUCAUCGUAAUGUCUACUCUUGCUACUACUGAGCGUACCGAAGCCGAGUGGCAUAAACUGGUGGAAUCUGCUGGAUUGAAGAUCACGAAGAUUUGGAAUUUCCACAAUGCAGUCGAGAGCCUUAUUGAGUGUGAAUUGGCAUAG